AUGGGUCUUGUUAGAAUAAGAAGCAAAAAUUCACUACAAGGGACUCCAAUUAAAACUUUGCGAUUUCAAACGCCAGAGCCCAGGGGAAACCAUUUAAGGAUAAGAUCAAUGCCUAAUUAUUCAACAUUGAGAAACAGCAGAAAUAGAACUCCCUCUCCUACUGCUCUUUUUAAUCAAGAAUCAGUUAGGACUGAGUUAAAGACAAGCGAAUUGAUGAUCCAUAAAGAGCCAGAGUAUAAACCAAAAGUGUUUAAAAUUACUCUUCACAGAGAAGCUUACAGACUUAUAACGCCAAGGAAUCAAGAAAUUACUAAAAAAGUAAAUAUGAUGGAAAAUGUGCCUUUAAAAAUAUACGAUAUUUCAAAUACAAUAACUUCAAUGAAGACAAUACUAAAACAAAUGGAAAAACCCAAGAAAAACUAUUGAGAAUGCUUAAAAUUUAGCCUAAAACAUCUAAAAGCUAUCAAUAUCACUUUGAAAGAGCUCGCCAAUUUACCCAAAUUAAUUGGGACUAAAGCAUUUGGGAGAAAAAAUUCAAUGAAUUUUUUCAAUGCUUGCAAAAAUGGAAAAACUGAAAUUGUUAUUGAUUUAAUCGAAAAAGAUAAGUGACUUGUGCAUGUUUUUGAUUCAAUGAAAAUGACUGCUUUACAUUGGGCAGCUGUGAGAGACCAGCCAGACAUAAUCAAACUUUUGCUAUCAAAAAACGCGUUCGUAGAUGAAGUCGAUAUGGUAAAAGAUAAUUAGACACACAGAACAGCUUUAUAUCUAGCUUGUAGGAAUGGACACUUAAAUUGUGUAAAAAUUCUACUAGCCAAUAAUGCAAGCCCACAUAUUAGGAGUAACUCAAAAAAAUUGCCACUUCAUGUAGCAAAAAAUCAAGAAACUGCGUUUUUGUUGACUCAAGCGAUGAGCCAAAGAAAAACAAUCAGAAAAAUUCGAAAGUUUACUGAUGCCAAACAAAUAGAAAAAAUGUUUUUGAAAGAUCGGCAGAAUGAUCUCUAA